GCGGAGGGGCGUCAGACGCGCCGAGGGGCCGGCAGGGCAGGCGGGGCAGCAGGGCCGCGGUCAUGGGGGGCUUGAAGGACCAGCUGCUCAAGGCCAUCUGGCACGCCUUCACCGCGCUCGACCUCGACCACAGCGGCAAGGUCUCCAAGUCCCAGCUCAAGGUCCUUUCCCAUAAUCUGUGCACAGUGCUGAAGGUUCCACAUGACCCCGUUGCCCUUGAAGAGCACUUCAGGGAUGACGAUGAGGGGCCCGUCUCCAACCAGGGCUACAUGCCGUAUUUAAACAAGUUCAUUUUGGAGAAGGUCCAAGACAACUUUGACAAGAUUGAAUUCAACAGGAUGUGUUGGACCCUCUGUGUCAAAAAAAACCUCACAAAGAGUCCCCUGCUCAUUACAGAAGAAGAUGCCUUUAAAGUAUGGGUUAUUUUCAACUUUUUAUCUGAGGACAAGUAUCCGUUAAUUAUUGUGCCAGAAGAGAUUGAAUACCUGCUUAAGAAACUUACAGAAGCUAUGGGAGGAGGUUGGCAGCAAGAACAAUUUGAACAUUAUAAAGUCAACUUUGAUGACAGUAAAGAUGGCCUUUCCGCCUGGGAACUGAUUGAGCUUAUUGGAAAUGGCCAAUUUAGCAAAGGCAUGGAUCGGCAGACGGUGUCUAUGGCAAUUAAUGAAGUCUUUAACGAGCUCAUAUUAGAUGUGUUGAAACAGGGUUACAUGAUGAAAAAAGGCCAUAAACGGAAAAACUGGACUGAACGCUGGUUUGUACUAAAACCGAACAUAAUUUCUUAUUAUGUGGGCGAGGAUCUGAAAGAUAAGAAAGGAGACAUUUUCUUAGAUGAAAACUGCUGUGUGGAGUCCCUGCCUGACAAAGAUGGAAAGAAAUGCCUUUUUCUCGUAAAAUGUUUUGAUAAGACCUUUGAAAUCAGUGCUUCAGAUAAGAAGAAGAAACAGGAGUGGAUUCAGGCCAUUCAUUCUACUAUCCAUCUGUUGAAGUUGGGCAGCCCCCCACCACACAAAGAAGCCCGCCAGCGUCGGAAAGAACUCCGGAAGAAGCUGCUGGCUGAGCAGGAGGAGCUGGAGCGACAGAUGAAGGAGCUCCAGGCUGCCAACGAAAACAAGCAGCAGGAGCUGGAGGCCGUGAGGAAGAAACUGGAAGAAGCAGCAUCUCGGGCAGCAGAAGAAGAAAAGAAACGCCUUCAGACUCAAGUGGAAUUACAGGCCAGGUUCAACACCGAGCUGGAGCGAGAGAAGCUUAUCAGACAGCAGAUGGAAGAACAGGUUGCCCAAAAGUCCUCGGAACUGGAACAGUAUUUGCAGCGAGUACGGGAGCUGGAAGACAUGUACCUAAAGCUGCAGGAGGCCCUCGAGGACGAGAGACAGGCCCGGCAAGAUGAAGAGACCGUGCGGAAACUUCAGGCCAGGUUGCUGGAGGAGGAGUCUUCCAAGAGGGCUGAGCUGGAGAAGUGGCACCUGGAGCAGCAGCAGGCCAUCCAGACGACCGAGGCAGAGAAGCAGGCGCUGGAGGACCAGCGCGCGAUGAAAGAGCAGGCCCUCCAGGAGGCCAUGGAGCAGCUGCGGCGGCUUGAGCUCGAGCGCAAGCAGGCACUCGAGCAGUACGAGGGAGUUAAAAAGAAGCUGGAGAUGGCAACUAAUAAGACCAAAAGCUGGAAGGACAAAGUGGCCCAGCAUGAAGGAUUAAUUCGAUUGAUAGAACCAGGUUCCAAAAAACCUCACCUGAUCACUAACUGGGGCCCCGCGGCUUUCACCCAGGCCGAACUAGAAGAGAGAGAGAAGAGCUGGAAGGGGAAGAAGACCACGGAGUGAGCGGGCGCCGGCACAGAGGCCGCGCCGGUGCUGUCGGCCCAAGUGUGGCGGGAAGGCUUUCUUUCUGCCCCAGACGGAAGGACCUGGCUCAGCUGCUUCUCCUCUUCUGCCUUCCGCCCUCCUAGCGCGUCAGUACCUAAGGAGGCCUUCUUGCUGAUCUUCUGCAAAUGAGGGCUGACCCGAAAAGGAAAAAAAGGCAACAUUGUCAAGCUCUUUACUCUUUCUUUGAAAACUCAGCUUUUGAAAAUUCCCUUUAGCUCUCUCAGACUCUCGUGGGAAGGAGGCAGCGCACAGCGCAGCGGCCCGGGGUCUGCACAGUUGGGGGGUGCACGCAGGAUCCCCGCUCAUCAGAACCGCUGUGCAUGGGCCCGUCCUUUCCUUGGCAGCACGGUUCCUUCUCCGAGUACAUGUUUCUAAACUAGAUUGGCCUGUCGGUGUGCCAGCGCAUGCCAACUGACGCAGGAGGCCUCUGACCCCUGCUGCUCCGAUGGAGAAGGCGCUGGCUGCGUGGGGACGUGGCCUCGACUGAGCUGUUGUAGUCCGCGUGGGCAGUGUGCAGGAGGCUUCUGUUUAAUUCACGCUCGCACUGACUUCUACCCUGGCCCCAGCGCUGUCUGGGAGGCAGAAAUCCCUUUAACAAUGCUUUGGCUAAGAUAGAGCCUUGUGAAUCAAAGGCAGCCCAGAGAUGAACUCAGUCAGCCCCGUUUGGAAUGACAUUUUGACGUUAACUGAAUUCCUUCUAAUAUUUAAAAUGGUUUCAGCUGUCAAAGUGUGGCAGGCCCCGUGGUUUUCCUUUUGUAGUUACUGUACAGAAGAUUUCAGAGUGUGAAUGUUUGUCAUAAUCAGGCCUUUUCCUUAAUAAAUAGGGAUAUGAUCAUUUAUAGGAAUUA